UAUAUUUUUACCUUAUCGCUGGUUUUUUGGUGAUUUAAUCCUUUUGCUGAUUUCAUUUAUUCGCAGACGUUCGUUGGGCGUUCACCGAGUACGACUGAUUUCUAGUUGUGUUCGAUUCUCUUUCGUUAUUCAUCAGCAGUAUUCAAGGAAUAACUGUGCUAAGUUUUCUCUUGGAAAGUAACAAAAGAAAAUUAAUUUCUAGAUUCUCUACUUUUCUAAAGGAUUUUAUAUAAAUAUAAUGGCUACAAAUAACGAAAUAGCUUAUAUAGAUGUUGAUUGGGAAGAAAUGAAAAGUCUUGCUAUGGAGCAGCAACAAGAUUUCUAUGAAUGUGUUUUUGAAUGCAAAGAAUAUAAAGAGAAUGAACAUCAAUAUCUAAAACACGAUAUUAGCUGUGCAAUUUUUGGAUUACCAACGAGUACUAAAGAUGCAAGUACAACAAAAAAAGAUAAUUGCUAUUGGAAACCAGAAAAUACAAAUGACCUAAAUGCAGAUAUAACUGAUACGAUAGAGUAUGAAAAAGAAGCUCUAAAUGUCAGAGAUGUAAUAUAUAAGCAGAUAUGUGAAUGUACAACAGGGAAUACUAAUAAUACUGAACCAAUUUACUCUGGUAUAAUCUACAACGUAAUAUUCCGUCCUAAAAUGAAUGUAAAACCAAAGAAAAAGGAAGUAAACAAGGAAACAGAGAAAGAAACAGAAGAAGACGAAUUAGUAAAACAAGAAGAAAAAUUUGCAAAAAUUCAGCAUAUACCUAUUUUUACAAUUAGAAGAAAUAUUCAAAAAGAAUUGAUAGAUCGUAGUAAUCAUGAACAAUCUAUGGAUAAAAAUGCUUUAUCUCAUUGGCUUGGCAUAGGUGGUACAGUGUUUGGUUUAGGAGUACUUGGAAAAUCAGCAGCUUUAACUAAAGCUGUUGCAACGAAUAAAAAGCAAAAAAAAAAUACAACCAAAGAACAAGCAGAUUAUGAAACAUGGUACAUUGAUAUUUUUGGCAGAGUGUAUAAGAGUUGGGAAGAUUAUAUGGAAAGCAAUUAUUUACCAGAAUGCACUAUGGUUCUACCCAAGGAUGGCGUUUAUCAAGCAGACAAAUCCUGCCCAGUAACAGAAGACUAUUCAACAGUUUGGCUGGAAGUCAGAGAAUCUCCCGCAUGCCGAUGGACAAAAAAAAUCUGCAGUGGAAUAGAUAUUGCUUCUAAUAUUGCCGGAGUUGGCGCAGCAAGCUUAGGUGUUGCAGCAUUGUUCACACCUCUUGGACCAGCUGUAGCUGUAACAAGUCUUGUUGCUACUGGUGUAACUAGUGCUUGGACAGUUGGUCGAUCUUCGCAGCAAUUGAUAGAUCGUAGUAAUCAUGAACAAUCUAUAAAUCCUAUGGAUAAAAAUGCUUUACCUCAUUGGCUUGGUAUAGCUGGUUCAACGUUUGGUUUAGGAGUAGUUGGAGGAUCAGCAGCUUUAACUAAAGCUGCUGCAAGCGGCCGAACAAUCCCCACCUUUGCAAAAGCAGCAUUUAAUACUGUGCAAGGUGGGAAUCUAAUUAUAAAUGGUUUCGGUAUCGUAUACCAGAGUUACUGUUUGAUAGAUAAAUAUAGAACAGAACAGACUGUUAAUCGUAUAGACGCAUUAUAUUUGGCAAUGCAUGUUAUGUUCUUCGCCGGCAGUGUGGUAAAGAUUCAAUUCGCCAAUGAUAUUAUCGAGAGCACUCAAGGUAAAGUCAUCAAUGAUUACAAAGAUACUCUGCAUAAAAGAAAUCUGCGUAAGAAGUUUAAUCGUGCCGUGCGAAGGGCUGCCGAGAAUAAUACAAGUAAAAUAUCUGAGAACGCGGAAGUAAUACAAUACAUAAAACAUCGUGAACAGAUAUUAUCUGCUAACCAGCCUGUUUCUCUUGGUCAAACAUUAGAGAAGAAUUCACAUAAUAUUGUAUGGUCGCUCGAACAUGGUAAAUUGAAAGUCAAUGGAAUUAUAUUAUUAGACCCUUUUGAAUUUGUUCGUCGUCUCAGAGAGUUUAAUUUUAAUGAAAGCAAUUCAUCUGUCUCCCGGAACGAUGAUAAUUCUAUCAAUGCUCAGUUAGUAAAAUUAUUGCUUGAUUUAUUAACGAAAUUCUAUUCGAGCGACGCUUGUCCCAGGAGCGAGAAUCUACCAACGAUUUCUGAUUUUGAAACACUUAUUAAAGAAAUGAGUUCUAUGAAAAUCGAUGAAGAGUCUCUGAAAAAAAUUUUUAAUAUUGUUGAAAAAUUAAUGAAAUGUUCUCGAAAGGAAGAUUUUUUACUCCCAGCUUUUCGCUUUGUCUGGCAGUACUGUAAAGCAAACUUAAAACAAUGGGGCAUUCACUCGUAUUAUCGCAUGCAAAGCAAUUCAGGCUCCAACGUUUUAAAGAACAUUAUUGCCGCUGUUUCCGAAGCAAUCAACAUGAUAAUUAACAAUCUUUGUUGUGCUUUUGAACAAUAUUUAAAAACUAAUUUAAAUAAUUAUAACUAAAUCAAGUAUCAUCUAAUAUAGGAAACAAAAAUGAAAAGUGAUAUGCACAAUAACUUGUAAAAAAAGAAAUUAAUUUUGCAUAAAUAUAUUACAUGAAUUAAUAAGCUAAUAGAAAUAUUAGUUUUAGAAUAAUACAAUGCCUUAGAGAAACUUUUGACAUACAGAUAUAUGCUGAUACACAUGAUUGUUGUAACUAAUGUUAAUGUUAUAUACGUUU